CCGGCCUCCUGUCUCGACUCUCCCAGUUCCCCGCUCGCAGUGAUGGCCGCCGCGACGCCCCUCUCUCCCGAGGAGCUGCUCCUGCCCAAGGGCGGCACGGGCAAGGCCGAGGAGCUGGAGGAGGAGAUGACGGAGGAGGACGAUGACGAGGAGCUGGAUGAGACCUUGGCAGAGAGGCUUUGGGGUUUGACAGAGAUGUUCCCCGAGACCGUCCGGACUGCAGCUGGAGCGACCUUCGACAUGUCUCUUUCUGUUGCCCAGAAAAUGUACAGAUUCUCCAGGGCAGCAUUGUGGAUUGGGACCACCUCUUUCAUGAUCCUAGUUCUUCCUGUUGUUUUUGAAACGGAAAAGCUUCAGAUGGAACAGCAGCAGCAACUGCAGCAACGGCAGAUUUUAUUAGGACCCAACACAGGGCUUUCCGGAGGGAUGCCAGGAGCCCUGCCUUCUCUUCCUGGAAAGAUUUAAUGGAAUGACAUUGGAGCCAUAUUGUGCAAGGAAAUUAUUUGUUGGAACUAUUGAUUUGUUAGGCUGGGCCGUUUUCCCCCUAUAAACCUUGGAACAUCAGCAUAUUCAUGGUGGAGGCAGGAUCCAUCUGGAUCUCCUGAAAUGGGCUAUUUAUCUUCCCUCUUAGGCAGUCAUGACUUUUCCAUCUACUCAAUCUAGGUUAUAAGCAACUACAAAGACUUUAAUAGCUUCUGUUUUGGUAUCCUUAUCUCCAGGAAACCUCAGGACAUGUCAGAUCCUGGCUCACUUCAGCCAGAAAUAUUGUCAGUGUAAAUAUUCUUGUGUUUUCCUGCUGCAUUGAAGACCUCUUUCAGAGCAGUAACAGCAAGAAAUUGAGUGAAUCCAGCACACCCAGCAUAUGGAAGAAUCUAGUGCACACUAAACUCUGUGCAGUGAGCUCCUACUUGAAGAAAAUUACAUGCCCUGUAAUGUUGUUUGAAAAAUAUGGGGACGUGGGAAAAGUCAUUUUUGCCUAUCAUCUAUACUGAAUCUAUUAGUAUCAAAGUCAGCUACCAGUACUUUUGUAUUAAAUAGUUUCAGUGC